UUUGAAGGCGCAACUAAAAGGAACAGGCCGAACGUGCAGAAAUGUCCUUCCUGUCUGACAUCGGGCUCUUCACUAUGGGCAUGUGGUCUGUUGGCCUUGGAGCUCUCGGUGCAGCUGUAACUGGCAUCGUCCUUGCUAACACUGACUUGUUUUUGUCCAAGCCAGAGAAGGCUACGCUGGAAUUCUUAGAGGAAAUAGAGCUAAAAACUUUGGAACCAGAACAGAGAACAUUCAAAGCUGGUGAACUAUGGAAGAAGAAUGGUGCAGUGAUCAUGGCUGUGCGAAGACCUGGAUGUUUUUUGUGCAGAGAGGAGGCUUCUGAGCUCUCCUCUCUGAAACCUCAGCUUUCCAAGCUGGGUGUCCCUCUCUAUGCUGUUGUGAAAGAGAAGAUAGGGACUGAAGUGGAAGAUUUUCAGCAUUAUUUCAAAGGAGAAAUCUUUCUGGAUGAAAAGAAAGGCUUCUAUGGCCCUCGCAGACGAAAAAUGAUGAUGUCUGGCUUCUUCCGCUUUGGAGUCUGGCAGAAUUUCUUCCGUGCUUGGAGAAAUGGAUUUAGUGGUAACCUGGAAGGAGAAGGAUUCACACUGGGAGGAGUAUAUGUGAUUGGGGCAGGAAGACAGGGUGUUAUACUGGAGCAUCGUGAGAAGGAAUUUGGAGACAAAGUCAGCCUUCCAUCUGUUCUUGAAGCUGCUGAGAAGAUAAAACCAUAAGCUUCAUAAGCUGGAAAAUAGUUGCAUAUUUUUCUGAUUACAGCUUGAAAUGUAGAAUGUAUCCAUUUCUUGAACGUGCAGUUUAAUUGCUUCUUAACUAUAUAGUCAUCAAUGCAGUGAAAAGAUUCUCCAUUAAGAUGUAAUAACUAAUGAAAACUCUCAUGGGAUUUUUUUUAUUUUAUUGCCCUUCAGGUGGUCAGGAUUUCAACUUGUCUUUGGAUCUGACUGUAUUAAUGAAAGGCUGGGUCUAAAAUCUGACGUAGCCUAGAUGUUUUCAGUUAGAGACAAUCAGUUGAAACCUGUCUGUCUAGGGGAACAAAACCCCGUUAAAGCUGGAGUAACUGAGUAUCAACUGAGGUUGAAGGAUAAUAAAAACUUAUGUAAAU